CGCCGGCCCAAAUCCACCAUACCAGGGCCCCCGAUGGCCGGCGCGAGCGGAGGCUUCCUGGCCGGCGUCAACGACCCGUGGCUGAAGCCGUGGCUGCUCCGCGCGGUGGUCGCCGAGCGCCUGCCGCAGCCAGGCGGCGCCGAGCUCCCGCCGGUGGAGCUCGCCUCCGUCCUCGGCGCGGUGCGCACGCACGGUCUGCUCACGGAGGGCCUCCCGGACCGCGCCCCGGAGGACCCCAAGCUCGCCGAGGCGUGGCGCACCGCCGUGGAUUCCUGGGUCGAGCGUGUCGUAGCGCUGGUGGAGAGCGACUCGGCAUACAGUUGCUGGUUGGGUACUUGCUUUCUCGGUGUGACUUUCCAAGAGUGCAGCAAUGAGCGCUUUGCAGAAUCGUACUCCAAUUGGUAUGAAAAGAUUCUGAGUAACUUGCAGCAGGAACCAUCUUGCUUGCAACUUGUAACUGUUAUUUCUUGUACUUCCUUGUCUGAUUUAUUUGUCAGAUUGGCGAAGUUUUUGAACUUAAAGAAAGAGGCAUCAGCCUUUGCUGGAAGGGUUGUUGAACCGGUGCUGCGGCUUUUAAAUGAAAAUGGUCUAGUAGCUGACGAAGCAAUUGAUUUGCUGAGGACAGUUAUUAAAUUGUACCCAUCCUCUGUAAAUCGGCACUAUAACAAAGUUGAAUCUGCCAUUGUAACAAAGGUUAUGAGUACAGAAGUCAAUAUAAAACCAUCUGAGAAAUUUGCAAGAACCUUAGCAUUGUUACCUUCUAUCCGAGCAUCUGAGGACAGUUGGUCACUGAUGAUUCGGAGGAUAUUGAUUGUGGUAAACAAUCUUUUGAAUGAUGCUUUCGUAGGGCUUGAAGAAGAAAAGAAUGGCCAUGAUAUUAUGUUGCUACUAGUUCCACCUGGAGCUGAUCCUCCACCAACAUUGGGAGAUCAAGUAAGGCCUGGAGCCAAUGUACACAUCACGAAGAAAUUUCGUGUCUGUACUGUUCCUACCAUUUCAGCUCUUAUGCAUUGCUGCAGUGUGAUGCUGACUAGUUAUUAUCCAGUUCAGGUCAAUGUUCCAAUGCGUGCUUUGGUGGCUUUGAUUCGAAGAGUGCUGUUAGUUGAUGGAUCACUGCAUAAAAAGCUGUUCCCUUCAACAACUUCAUUGCAUCAAGAACUUAUUUGUUUUGAGCUUCCAUCAUUGCAUUCGACUUUUUUGGAUUUGCUCAAUGCAACUAUUAAAGGAAUGCGAAGCCAACUUUUACCACAUGGUGCUAGUAUCAUACGGCUUGUAACAGAGUACUUCAAAAUAGCGAAGUUACCUACUUUGAGGACAAAAGCUUACAGUAUUUUGCAGCUUUUACUGACCUCCAUGGGCAUUGGGACAUCUCUGCACCUGCUUGAGGCAACAGUCAGCAAUGCAAUUGCUGAUCUGAAUGAUGAUGGUGGAAGUGACAUGACUAUAAUCAGCACAAAUCCAUCAAAAGUGACAAAUGAAUCAUCAUCAAAAUUUUAUUCGAAGAAGAGGAAGCAAGAACCACAAGUACAAAACUCAUUUGUCUCAGGUUCAGAGAAGGCAGCAAUCAGCCCAAGGAAAAGAAAAGGUUCUUCUGUACAAAUUGCAUCGAAGGGAAUGACCCCUGAAACUACAGGAGAUGCUAGAAUAUCAACCCCACUUUCAGUCAAAAUAACUGCGCUAGAAACAUUGGAAAUUCUUCUGAAUGUGGGAGGUUCAUUGCGGACGGAUCACUGGAGGCCAGAAGUAGACUUGCUCCUAAUUAACGUGGCUAUAAGUGCUUGUGACAUGGGAGGGAGUUACAAGCAAAAACCAUCCACAUUUGGGGGGGCAAGCAUAUUAGACCUCCAACUUGCUUCAUUGAAGGCCCUGCUAGCAUCUUUUCUUUCUUCUCCAUAUGCCCGUCCUCCUUAUUUAGCCAAAGGAAUCGAACUCUUCACAAAAGGGAAGUUAGAGAUAGGCACUAAGCUUGCACACUUUUGUUCACGAGCUUUGCUGGCUUUGGAUGUCCUUAUGCACCCUCGAGCCCUUUCUCUAGAAAAAGAGCUCAAUUACAGCGCACGAGGAAAGACAGUUUUUGGUGGUGGAACAUGCCAGAUUUCAGCAUACAGAGAUCAGCCUCAAGCUAUGGAGGUUGAAGACAUGUAUGAUGAUUGGUUGGCAUCCACCAAGGACGAUGAACCAGCAGAGGCUCCCGUGAAUGGUAGUGCUGCAGGAACAAGUAAAGCUGGCACAAUGUUCGCUGAUGGAAGUCAACUCAACCCCAUAGCAGAAGAUCCAAAAAUCAACUCACUCAGAAUCACGGCUGCAGCACAAGAUGCUCCAGCCUCCAGCAAGAGUGAUGUCAAUAUGGUUGAUACGGCGGCAGGCGAAAUUGUCAAGCCAAAAACAGUGGAUAAUUCUUCAAGUUCCAAUGCUGUCUCGGCUCCAGUGUACACAACAAAUUCUGAUUCACAGAAGCAUGUCAUACCCUCAAUUCCUGAGCAGAAGCGUGCUGAUGAGGUUAGUCAUCUUGAGAACAGAAGCCCAGCUGUCGAUGCACCAUCUAGCAAGCUGGGAACUUCAGAUGAAGUUUCAGACGUUCCAGUUGCUGCUUUUGGCUUCCAUCAAGCACCAGAGGGCCGUUCAACCAGCUUUGCAGAAUUGUUUGGCUCGGAGUCUGGUGUUGAUUCAGAGUCAGAUGACUCAGUGCCAGAUAUUGUUGAUGGAGAUCCUGACUCUGACUAAAGUUCAUAACUGUUUGUGAAAUUUUGACCCUUUAAGAAUCCUUGGAGUUAGAGACCAAUUAACACAAUGGUUGUUAUCUCUGACCCAGUGAUUUUUUUUGUGAAUUCUGUGGUGUCUAUUUGUUUUGAGUUCAAAUUUUGUGAUGCCGUCCACUGAGAGAUCA